CGCUGGAAAUACAAGCCGGGCCUCGGCGCGCCUUGUGUGGUAACACGCUCCGCCGCUGCCACGCUAUUUAAACGCGGGUUAUGGAUCCAGGAACCGGCGCGAAUCAAUGAGAUCAAACGCGAGGGAGAUGCACCGUCAAUUACAAGCACUUGGACAAGUCUAACUUUUUCUUCUUUUACAAAUACGCUUUCAAAAGCAACCUUAGCAAUGCCCAAAUAAGAAGCCACCUCUAAGCAAAAUAGUAUAUAUAAAGGGAGGGCGAAUAUAUAUAUUUAUAAAAAGUAUAUAUAUAAAUAUAUUACAGGCGUACAGGUUUACACCCGGUGAACUUUUUCUUUUUCUUUUUCUUUUUUUUAAACGAGUGGCAUUGCAAAGGAGGACUCUUCCUCUCUAUCUUUUGGCGAGUUAGUGAAGGGGGUAUUCUGUUUUCUUAGAGCGCCCAAGGGGGCGCAGGGACCUCGGAGAGAAGAGUGGGGAGGAAAGAGGAAGGGUCGGUGGGGGGCAGAGGGCGAGUCCGCAGCGAGGGCAGGCGCUUUCCUGCGGCACGAUGCCGUCCCUGCUGGUGCUCACUUUCUCCGCGUGCGUCCUGCUCGGUUGGGCGUUGCUGGCCGGCUGCACGGGUGGCGGUGUCGGCGGGGGCGCGGGCCCGGGCGGCGGGCGCCGGGAGAGAGAGGCGCUGCCGCCGCAGAAGAUCGAGGUGCUGGUGCUGUUGCCCCAGGACGACUCGUACCUGUUCUCCCUGGCUCGGGUGCGGCCGGCCAUCGAAUACGCGCUGCGCAGCGUGGAGGGCAACGGGACCCGGCGGCGGCUUCUGCCACCCGGCACUCGCUUCCAGGUGGCCUACGAAGACUCGGACUGCGGCAACCGCGCACUCUUCAGUCUGGUGGACCGCGUGGCGGCGGCGCGGGGCGCCAAGCCCGACCUCAUCCUGGGGCCUGUGUGCGAGUACGCGGCGGCGCCGGUGGCCCGGCUAGCGUCGCACUGGGACCUACCCAUGCUGUCGGCCGGGGCACUGGCAGCCGGCUUCCGGCAUAAGGACACGGAGUACUCGCACCUCACGCGCGUGGCGCCCGCGUACGCCAAGAUGGGCGAGAUGAUGCUCGCCCUGUUCCGCCACCACCAGUGGAGCCGCGCCGUGCUGGUCUACAGCGACGACAAGCUGGAGCGGAACUGCUACUUCACCCUCGAGGGGGUCCAUGAGGUCUUCCAGGAGGAAGGCUUGCACACGUCCGCCUACAAUUUUGAUGAGACCAAAGACUUGGAUGUGGACGACAUCGUGCGCUACAUCCAGGCCAGUGAGCGAGUGGUGAUCAUGUGUGCAAGCAGCGACACCAUCCGCGGCAUCAUGCUGGCGGCGCACAGGCACGGGAUGACCAGCGGAGACUACGCCUUCUUCAACAUCGAGCUCUUCAACAGUUCUUCCUACGGAGAUGGCUCGUGGAAGAGAGGAGACAAACACGACUUUGAAGCUAAGCAAGCGUACUCAUCCCUCCAAACAAUCACUCUACUGAGGACAGUGAAACCUGAGUUUGAGAAGUUUUCCAUGGAGGUGAAAAGUUCUGUUGAGAAGCAAGGGCUCAGUGAGGAGGAUUACGUUAACAUGUUUGUUGAAGGAUUCCACGAUGCCAUUCUCCUCUACGUCCUGGCUUUACAUGAAGUACUCAGAGCUGGUUACAGUAAGAAGGAUGGAGGGAAAAUUAUCCAGCAGACUUGGAACAGAACAUUUGAAGGUAUUGCCGGGCAGGUGUCCAUAGAUGCCAACGGAGACCGGUACGGGGAUUUCUCCGUGAUUGCCAUGACCGACACGGAAGCGGGCACGCAGGAGGUUAUUGGUGAUUACUUUGGAAAAGAAGGUCGUUUUGAGAUGCGGCCGAACGUCAAAUACCCUUGGGGGCCUUUAAAGCUGAGAAUAGAUGAAACCAGGAUGGUGGAGCACUCAAGCAGCUCUCCUUGCAAAGCAUCAGGUGGCCUAGAAGAGUCAGCGGUGACAGGAAUUGUUGUGGGAGCUUUACUAGGAGCUGGUUUGCUAAUGGCCUUCUACUUUUUCAGGAAGAAAUACAGAAUAACCAUUGAGAGGCGAAACCAGCAAGAAGAAAGCAACGUUGGAAAACAUCGGGAGUUACGGGAAGAUUCCAUCAGAUCCCAUUUUUCGGUGGCUUAAAAGGAAGGCUAUUCUUUUGGCUUGAGAUUCUUUAAGGAGAUAAAUGGGAUGAAAGACAUCAAUGGAACAGAAGGGGCGCUCUUGAAAAACUCAUUCUUUUAAGCAGUUAGUCAUUUUGUUGUAAAAUUUCUUCAGAAGCUCAGGAACUGUUAUUAAUCACCGUAUGCCUCCCGGCCUUUCAUCUCAUGACAAACAAAUAUAAGAAUAUAAGGUCACUUUGUUAAAUGUUCAUACUGUUUCAAGGGCACAUGAUCAGAUUUAUGUUUUGAAGGUCUGAUGUCUCCAUAUCUUGAUGGCUUUUGGGGGGAUUUUAUGCAAGGCUAUAAAAUGUGUUUUUCUUAAAUGAAAUGUUUUAUAGCUAGAAUAAAAUAAUUUUUACAAGUAGAAUAUUCUUGAAAAGAAUUUAACCCCAAGAAGAAGAAAACGUAAUGAAAAAUCUCAAGGUAGGAAAUACAUCAUUCCUUUCUCUAGCGCUGGUGGACAGAUCUGAGGUUGAAAACUGCUCUGUCCGAUGUAUACAUUCAGGUCCUGACUUCAUAUCUCGAAAAAGAAUCCCCCUCUGCCCCCUGUCUCCUUCAGCAUCUCAUAAAAGCUACUCUGGAAAGUUGUAACUAUUAAUAAGUUAAGAGGAUUUAUACAAGAAAAGCAAAUCUAAGAUGUUUCAUUUUUUAAUAUAAAAAAGCCCUAUUUCACACUAACACUUUAUUUUUAAGUAUUUUAAUCUUAUAUUUUACUAUUAGAAAAUGUGUCUAUUUUUUCAUUUUGAAGAUUAAAUUUCACUUAUAUUUUAAAAGCAUGGGUAAAGUGUACAACAAACCAAUAAUGAUGAAAGAUGCCUCUCUUUUUCUCCCUGUUUUCCUCUUCCCCGUGGCUGUAGCCCAAUACGAAUUGCUGCUUUAAUUACAGAGAUCUGGAAAUGUAUUCAGAUUAUAGACUCUACAGGAAUACAUCAAUUUACCUGUUUUAAAUGCAACUUGUUUUAGGGAUAGACUCCUUCCAGUUCUGGCCAAUGAUGAGUAUCAAGACCAAGGAUGAAAUUUAAUAGAAUUAAGUCAGGUUUUAUAAAAGGGAGGCGGUCCUUUUUUCUCAAGAAGAACUUUCUAGAGUUAGAACUUGACAGUAAGCAUAGAAACGACAUACUUAAUAAAUGACAUUUUACUAAAAUUCACAAUGAUGAUUUUGGUUAAAAGAGGGAAUCUAAAUAGCUACUAUAUUCCCUUUUAGUAAACUCCAGAGAGCCUCGCAGUCGUCCACUAAUAACCCAUGUAACAGGGGUAGGGAUAUGAGGAAUUUGGACAGGGUUGAAUAAGUAUAUACCAAAUCUCUACUUUGUGCCUAGUUCUCUGCUCAUAGGUUUAAACUCAGGUUGCUGCUUUCAUGUAUAAUUUGUGGAGAAUAUAGACAGUGAGGGAAGAAUGGGAAGUUGCCAGAUCAGUGUACCACCUUAUCAUGACUUCGCAAGGGUCUUUCCUCAAUAAUGUUUUGAGCAGCUGGAAAAUAGUUUUAAAAAUUAUCUUAAUGUCUGGAAAAGACCAUCUAUAGGAGGAAAAUAGGGCAGUUUAAGAAAAUAGGGGAAUCCCGGAAUUGGAGCAAUUCCUAGGUAGUGAUGGAGGCUGUGGCUCACACUGGUAAUGGUGGAGGUGAGGCAGGGCGAGUGAGAGCCGCGUGUCCUGGAAGUUGGCCUGAGCUUGCUUCCCUGGAGGCGUCCGCCACUCCUACUUCAGCCAGUCAAAGUGAAUGGAUUAUUUCUGCGUGAGGCACAUUUCCCCUCCAUUGUUUAAGAAUGGAACGCAGGGCUUCCCUGGUGGCGCAGUGGUUGAGAAUCUGCCUGCCAAUGCAGGGGACACGGGUUCGAGCCCUGGUCUGGGAAGAUCCCACAUGCCGCGGAGCAACUAGGCCCGUGAGCCACAGUUACUGAGCCUGCGCGUCUGGAGCCUGUGCUCCGUAACAAGAGAGGCCGCUAUAAUGAGAGGCCCGUGCACCGUGAUGAAGAGUGGCCCCCACUUGCCGCAACUAGAGAAAGCCCUCGCACAGAAACGAAGACCCAACACAGCCAUAAAUAAAUAAACAAAUAAAUAAAAUUAAAAAAAAAAAAGAAUGGAAUGCAGGCAGUUGGAGAACAUGAUAAAAGAAUGAACUCUGAUCAACUCAAAGAACUAUGUUGCAGUUCUCCAUGCUGGGCGUGAAUGAAAAAGUGCUGAAUUCAAAACAGGAUGGAAAAAGAAGGCAAGAGAGGCCAGCUCCAGAAAUUCUGACACAGGAAGACAGUUUGGGAAGUAAAAUCCAGGAAAGCGACGCAUGUAACAUCUCAGGACUCCUCAACGUGAAAACAGAAUGGAAGAGUUGCAUCCAUCUUAUUUUUGUGAGUUGAGAGACUAUUUCUCUCUCAUUUAUGUUUUUCAGUGAUGUUUUCCGUGUAUUUUAGAGAUACUCAUUCUCUAUUAUCUUGUGUUUGUAAAAAACAUUAAAAAUUUGAGCCUAUGUGCUUAUUACAGGGAAAAAACACUCUUACCUGGCUGCAGUCUUUGGGUAGAAACAUUUCUAACCUUUCUAGAAUUUAUAUAAGGGCUGUUAACUCUAACCUUUUUAAAGCAAAUAUCUUUUAUUUCUACUUCAGGUAGAGGAAUAGUUCUAAACUUAAUAUUAUAUUCCCAGGUAAAAUCUUAAAGAUUUUAAGUGAGAAUUUAGUCUUUUAAAAAUGGUAGAGCAAAUCAUGAGGUUUCUGAUAUGUGGACGCCAUUCUCUUCCAAUCUUAAAGCGAUUCUAGGGUUCUUAAGAUUGUUUACUUACAUGUCUGUUUUCUAUCCUUUCUUCCUUGAAAUUGUCACAUGAGUUACAAAACUCUAUUAAGUUUUGAAAGCUCCCUUAAGUUGGGAAACCUUUGCUAAGAGUGUAGGUGUUUGGCCCAAGGUUACCCUGGGUUAAGACUUCUGGAGAUUAUAACUCGGGAUUGAAAUUCUUAACUGCUAACAUGUUUGACAACUAGUUAUUCAUGUGGCAACUUCGCCAGUAGCCACAUAUCAUAUGGUAAAAUAAAUAGGACUUUAGUUCUUAAAUCGUUCUAUAAAUUAUUAUCCUGAAAUCCAGGGCGUUCAGAUUUCAAAAGGGAUACUUUAUCAGUAUUUUCUUAUCUGGCCAAACAUAAGCUGACAUUGAUACAGGUCAGAAUGAGUAUAUAUUUUUGUGUGUAUACUCUUGGUGUUGGAAAUAAGUAUAGGUUUUUAUGGUCAUCAUCAUCAUCUCAGAUCUUUUCUUUUCUGGACUCAGAAAUAAAAGCUUUCUCUAAGUGAUCACUUCUAUCCAGGAAGAACUUUCUGUGUAGAGUGUGGAGCUUUCCCCAGAAUGACCACAGGUUCCACAAGGAAGUCCCUGUAAGCACUACAUUUCUUGGAAGAACCAUCAGCUUGUCCUUUCCUGAACUGCAGACAUGGUUCCACAGGCUUUAAAAUGGUUCUUUACACUUCAGAAGCUAUAUUUAAUGGAGGAAGGGGAGAAAGGUAUGGAAAGUUAAUGCCUCCUUUUCUCUUCUUCUUUAAAUUCAGUCUUUUGCUUUGGAAUGUCAGGCACUUCUCCCUAUUCACAUGCUCCUGGUAUCAUUCACUUAUUCAAGGCACCUGUGCCCUUCGCUCCCCUAAUUGACCACUUUCCUUCUGGUUGCCGCUGAUUUGGGGAGUGUGAGAUUUGUUGUUGACCGUGAAAGUAAGGCCAUUGUAUAGACCUUAUACAGACAGAGACAGGAAUUCAGAGUAGGUCCAGUGGGUUUACCACCUUCUUGUGAGCGAGCAUAAAGUAGCUGUUUGUGGAAGUCUCUUAGGAGACCAAAUAGAAUAUUAUGCCACUGGUAUUAAGGGAGUGUUUAUGAACUGAAAGGAAGACAUACCUGUGUUUCUUGGGACACAAAGCAUUCAGAUCCUGAGUGGAUGCAGUCAUAAAGCCAAACAACAACCAAAAUCAGGUCCCUCGGUCUACAUUUCAUGGGUUUUGUUUAGUUAUGCCGUGUGGUUCAGUGCUUCAUAAGGAAGCUGAAGAUGAGCUGAGUUUCUUCUUCAGUAGAAAAAAUGGAAACUAAUAACAUGGCUUAUGUUUUGGGGGGCAGUGCGGAAGCACAGAGAAUGAGAUGGUGCUGUUCAGAGGAAUCUGUUUCUUUUUCAGUGAUCUUUAGAACUAUAGAAUGACCUAGAAUUUAGUUCCUCUUCAGUGAGAAGCUUGGGACACACCCAGCAAGAAGACUCAGGAUCAAGCUCUUCCGAAAGAAACAGAAGAGGGUAGUGUUGCCAGCUGCCAGCAUCUUUGCCACCCUUCCCCCCACCCCCCAUCCACUGCCCACCAUGGCUCCAAAGAUGCAUCAGCAUCGUGCCGACACAGGUAGCAGCUUGCGAGUAGAGCCUCCAUGCUUCCUCAGGGGGGAAGAAGACAACGUGCUGGCUGUAAGAAUGUAGCUGGCUUUUGAUCAGAACCUUCACCUAACUUGACCACAUGCUCCCAGGGCAGUUCAAGCCUCUGAUGUGCAUAUACUCCAACAAACCUGGCUUCGGUUUGCAGCAUGUAGAGCUUGCAGGUGUGCCCCCAUAGCUAGACUCCAGGAUUAAAUCGACUUUCAAAAGGUGCUGGAUUGGAGUUUGUUCAAAUUUCUCAUUAACCACUAAUGUUAAUUCAUACCAAAGGCAAAGCAAUUCUAAACCAGCUGAUGCUGUUAAUGUGCAUAUUCUAAGCCACUUCAAGCACAGUGAAAGGGUUUCAGUGGGAGCUGAGUCUCAGAAGUAAAAAUCCGUAUGUUACAAUAGCUCUUUGAUGUAUCAGGUGUGGGAUGAUUCCUAGGGGACAUAUUUGAACAAGCAGAAUUAAGAGUUAGCAAAAGUGCUGCAUUGCUUUGAUUCACAUGUUUAAAGACCUAAAUUUCUACGUGCAAGGAAUAAAGGGCCCAUUCACCAGGGUAAGUCACAACAUAGACUACCAAAGUGUUUUCUAUUUGCUAGGAGAACAAAGCUGUCAUAGCAUGUAAUAAUUGCACAGAGAAGGUUGAGAAAGAGGAAAAUUUGGAUUUUGAGACAGGAUGUCCUAUUUAUUAUUCAAUGCCAAGAUCUUAAAAUGUUCAGUGUGGUGUGUCUUACAAGACAGCAAUGAGGUGACCGUAACAGCCUGGAGAUGCUGUGAGUUUGCACAUCUUUCUGCUGGGUCCUGGGAAUCUGAGCUUUGUUCCCUGUGCAUGGUGCAUAAUUGAAUCCAAGAGGACACAGAACAGACACGUGGGGGAUUACUUCUGCAGCCCUUGUCUUCUGGGCCAUAUUAUUCACUGAUAAUUUACAUAUAGGACUACCGAACAAUACACACCUACCAUGAGUCUGGUAGAAAAGUAAAAGUAAAAGCUGACAACUAAAUACAGUUUAUUAUUCUAAUGUAAGUAGAACUAUCUGCAUAUAAUGUGAUUUAAUUUAUUGUUGUUUUGUGUAGAAAAUGAGAAUUAAUGACUAUGGAUAUAACCCCUGUUUUGUAUAAUAUAUUUUAUUUCUGGUGCAAAUUGGUCAUUUAAGAUAUCUUCAUUUGGUGUUUGGAUAUAAAUGUGUAUGUGUUCUUGUAAAUGUUUCUGUUAAGCAAGAAUGCCACAUGCUCACAGUAUAACAAUGUGUUCUCAUUAAAAAAAUACA